AUGCGCUCCCUCAUCGCGGCCUCUCUGCUGGCCAGCGCAGUCGCCGCGCGCAACAUCCCCCGCGACCUGCUCAAAAUCCGCCAAAGCAGCAACACAACCUCCCACACCAUCAACCUGACCGCGACCCUCUAUGGUUCCCGCUUCAACGCCCCCGUCCAGAUCGGCGGCAAGACGUUCGACCUCCUCGUCGACACCGGCAGCAGCGACACCUUCGUCGUCGAAGAUGACUUCCAGUGCGUCGCGCAGAGUGCUUACACCGGCGAGCUCAUGAGGGUUUCCCAAUCCACCUGCGACUUCGGCGACAACCUCUACAGUGCCAGCGAGAGCGAUUCCUACGAGCUCAUCUCCAACGAGACCUUUCUGGCGGCCUACGGCGCCGGCGUCGCAAGCGGCGACAUGGCCCUUGAGGACAUCACACUCGGCGGUAUAACAGUCACAGACCAGCGCUUCGGGGCCGUCUCACUCUCAACAGCAAUGGGGCUGGGAACGAGCGGAAUCCUAGGCCUCGCAUACCCGAUCAUAACCUCCGCGUACGAAGUCAGCAACGACACCGACGCCACCACCCUCACCACCGAGGAAGACGAGCUAGACGACGACGAAACAGACCUCAGCUUCCUCGACAACCCAGAGCCCUACAGCCCGCUGUUCGUGAGCAUGGCGCGCCGCGGCCUCGUGGAGCCCUACUUCUCACUCGCACUCGACCGCCUCGACUCCGGCAAGGAGACCGGCGCCGGCGGCGUCAUGGUGCUGGGCGGGCUCCCCGACGUCAAGCUGUCGGGCGCCUACGUGACCGUGCCAGCGGAGUACUACGCGGACGCGGAGUUCCGGGGGGCGAACGGGUCAGAAGUGCGCUCGUACUGGGCGACGACGGUGCAGAAGAUCAGCUACGGCGACGACGGCGAGUACGGCACCUCGUACCAGACGAUCGUCGACUCCGGGGCGCCGAUGAACUAUGUUCCGCGCGCUGUGGCGGACGCGUUCAAUGAGGGGUUCGACUCUGCGUCGUGGGACGAUACGCAGGGCGCGUAUCUUGUUGACUGCGACGCCGAUGCGCCGGCCUUUGCGGUCCAGGUUGGCGGGACGACGUUCACGCUUAACUCCCAGGAUCUGAUUCUGUAUGCGGGUGUGGACCUCAGGGGCGAUGACUUUUGUGUCUCGGCUAUUACUCGCGGGAUGGAGCAGCAGGUUAGCGAGACCGAGACGGCCGAUCUGUAUAUUCUCGGCGCGAGCUUUCUGAAGGAUGUCGUUGCUGUCUUUGACUUUGGGAACUCGCAGAUGCGCUUUGCUGAGAGGGACGCCAGCUCCAGCUCUGGCUCUGGUUCCGGCUCGGGCUCGGGAUCUGGAUCUGGCUCAGAUUCUGACGACGACGACGACAACGCUGCUUCCAUGCUCCAGGUCCUGGGCGCUGGGAAGUUGUUUGCCAUCGUCGGUGUUGCGGUUGCGUUGUUGAUCUAG